CGGGCGAGCGGCGGGAGAUGCUGGAGGUUCGCGAGCCGGAGCGGCUGCAGCUGGCGCCGCGUCUGCCCCGCGUGCUCGGAGCAGAUUCUGCCCGCCGCCCCUGGAGCCUUCGGUGCCCCCGCUGAACCUGCGAUCGCAUCCUCCUUGUGAUCGACCGGCGCUGCAGCUCAGAGCCCGGCAAUGCCGUUUGGGUGUGUGACUCUGGGCGACAAGAAGAACUACAACCAGCCGUCGGAGGUGACUGACAGAUAUGAUUUGGGACAGGUCAUCAAAACUGAGGAGUUUUGUGAGAUCUUCCGGGCCAAGGACAAGACGACGGGCAAGCUGCACACCUGCAAGAAGUUCCAGAAGCGGGACGGCCGCAAGGUGCGGAAGGCGGCCAAGAACGAGAUAGGCAUCCUCAAGAUGGUGAAACAUCCCAACAUCUUGCAGCUGGUGGACGUGUUUGUGACCCGCAAGGAGUACUUCAUCUUCCUGGAGCUGGCCACGGGGAGGGAGGUGUUUGACUGGAUCCUGGACCAGGGCUACUACUCGGAGCGAGACACGAGCAACGUGGUGCGGCAGGUGCUGGAGGCCGUGGCCUACCUGCACUCACUCAAGAUCGUGCACAGGAACCUCAAGCUGGAGAACCUGGUUUAUUACAACAGGCUGAAGAACUCGAAGAUUGUCAUCAGCGACUUCCACUUGGCCAAGCUAGAGAAUGGCCUCAUCAAGGAGCCCUGUGGGACCCCCGAGUACCUGGCCCCGGAGGUGGUGGGCCGGCAGCGGUAUGGCCGCCCUGUGGACUGCUGGGCCAUUGGAGUCAUCAUGUACAUCCUGCUUUCAGGGAACCCGCCUUUCUAUGAGGAGGUGGAGGAAGAUGACUACGAGAACCAUGACAAGAAUCUCUUCCGCAAGAUCCUGGCUGGCGACUACGAGUUUGACUCUCCGUACUGGGAUGACAUCUCACAGGCGGCCAAAGACCUGGUCACAAGGCUGAUGGAGGUGGAGCAAGACCAGCGGAUCACGGCGGAGGAGGCCAUCUCCCAUGAGUGGAUUUCUGGCAAUGCCGCUUCUGAUAAAAACAUCAAGGAUGGUGUCUGUGCCCAGAUUGAAAAGAACUUUGCCAGGGCUAAGUGGAAGAAAGCUGUCCGAGUGACGACUCUCAUGAAGCGGCUCCGGGCGCCGGAGCAGUCCGGCGCCGCCGCAGCCCCGUCCACCCCGGCCACAGACACUGCCGCUCCUGGGGCUGCAGGUGGGGCCGCAGCUGCAAGCGCAGCUGGCCCAGCUCUUGGGGGCGGUGCCACCUCCGUCACAGCGGGUGAUGCUGCAAAGAGUGAUAAUGUAGUCCCUGCAGACCGUAGUGCCACCCCAGCCACCGAUGGGAGCGUCACCCCAGCCACCGAUGGGAGCGUCACCCCAGCCACUGAUGGAAGCGUCACUCCCGCCACCGACGGAAGCGUCACGCCGGCCACUGACAGGAGUGCUACUCCAGCCACUGAUGGGAGAGCCACGCCAGCCGCGGAAGAGAGCACUGUGCCCACCAGCCAAAGCAGUGCCACCCCUGAGCCGGCUUUGGCCCAGCCGGACAGCACAGCCCCAGGGGGCGCAACAGGCCAGGCUCUACCCUCCAGUAAAGGGGAAGAGGCUGCUGGCUCUGCCGGGUCUCAGAGGGAGGAGACCAGCUGAGUGGGCAGGCUGGUGGGGGGCGGGGAAGGGCAGGAGGGUGGGAGAGUGGAUGAGGGGCUUUUCACUGUAUAUAGAGUCACUGGCAUGAUGCCCUCGCUCCCCCCAGCCCCCGCCUCUCAGCGUAGGGCGUGUCUGGGGGCCACAGGAGAGCAGUGUCAUCUCUCCUGUGUGUGUGUGUGUGUGCGUGCGUGUGUGAGUGGAGAGCAAGCCAGAGGCAGGACCGGCCCCAGCCCCUGCAUGGAUUCCUCGUGGCUUUACUGUCUUUUGCUAGCUUCGCCGGUUUUGUUUCUUGUGGGAUGCUGCUCUAGGGAUACUCAGGAGGUCCCUGCUCCCCUUCCUCUUUUGCCUCACGACCCCCCAGGCAGGCCCUGCAGGUCCCAUCCUCUCCCAGGCCCUAAACUUGGGUGGCCUUGCCCUGAGAGCUGGUCCUCCAGCGAGGCCCUGUCAGCGGUCUUAGGCUUCUACACAUGGAGGUAUGUGCCUGUGGAAUGCGGGCUGCUGUAGGAGUGGGCACAGGCUGGAACAGAGAACGCAGAAAUCUAGGGCAGUAUGCUUUGAGACAAGACUGGUCGUAUGGUUGGGGGCAUGCUUGGUAGCUGUGGGGGUCCUCAGAAGGGAGAAAGAAUGAGGAGGGUAGAAGCUUCCACCUUUGUCCCUGGGAAGCCCCUCCCAAGACCCUUGUGCUGUUUCCUGCCCUCCUGGGUCCUGCAGUGGGUUUCCCUGCGCCCCGAGUCCAGGAGCCUAUAUAUGGGGAAGGAGGAGCAAUUAGGACGUGGCAAUGAGAACUGGGAGGACGGAGUGCAGGCCCAAUACCUAGUGCACCAGCCUAGCUGGGUCCUUCCCAUGAGCCAAACAGGAAGGGCUGAUAUCCCCUGGCUCCUCCUGCCACCUUCCGGAGCAGUUCACAGUCCACCCAUCCCGGGGGGCCUGCUGCCGGGCAGUGUCCCGGUCUGAUUUGGGGAUGUGCCCUUCACGGGCAGAUUUUCUCUCUCCCACUUCAACAACACAAUAGAGAGAGGAACCCCCUUUAUGUCUGACCCUCUUCCUCUUCUAUCAGAGCUCAGAGAGAGGCCCAGGUGCCCCUGAGCCACGCUGAGUUCCUUUGCUGGGAUGAGGAAGUGGAACAAGGCUCCCCAGUUUCCUGAUGGAGGCUCCUGGCAGGUGCCCUGUGUCAGACCCCACCACAGCCUGGGCAGGCAGCCACGCCGGUCCCGACCCUUGCUCGGCACUCUGGUGGCAGUCCUGCCCUUCUCCCUGCAUGCCCGUGGGUCUGCUCUGGUGUAUGAAGAUCGGUGGGCUAACUGUGCCUGCUGAACCUGGCAAAUAAAUGUCACC